GCUGGGGCGCUCCGGAAGCGGAGGGGGCCGGGGGGAAAUGGCGGCCAGCUCGAAAUCGGAGCGGGGCGGUCUGGGCGGAAAGCGGGGUCUGCCGGGCGGGUGCUUGGUCGGGCCGGGCUGGGCCUGCGGGGCCGCCGCGAGCACAUUGUGAGGCAGCUGGACCGUGUCAAGGUCACCUUCUGUGGCAUGUGAAGAAAAUCCUGCAUGGCUGAUUCCGCUCGCUGCUCAGGUAAUUGCACGCAUGGGGCUGGGGGAGCAGGGAGACACGUUUGAACACUGUAUUUUCCUGUGGUCUCCAAAACAGACCUGCCAAGUGGACUCUCCCCAACAUUGUGACCUGAUUCUUGUCAGUUAUGUGGGUGUUAGGAGUGAAAGACAUGACAUGAAAAUAGCUCCUGUAUUAUAUGUCUGUGAUUUUCCUACCAGCCUUUGAAACUGUUAAGACCAAAUUUGACAAACAGGCAGCCAAUAAAAGGAGAGAUCAACAACGCAGCUGACUCAUACAGGAAAGCUCGAGCUGUGUUUGAAUGCAGUUCAAACCUGACUCGCGUUUGGUAUCUGCAGCAGUUUCACUCCAUUGUUCCAUAGUUUUUAUGCCCGUAUUUCCACAGCCAGCCAUCAAGAAAUGGCCAAAUCAUUACCUGUAGUAGCCCAGGAAGAUUUGGAAAGUUUCACCUUGACCAGGACAAGCUCAGGUUUUGCACUCAAAGCUUUUCACAGUUCUUGGAACGCUCAGAUCUCGGUGAAGCUGCUGACCAGCCAGGACAUUACAGAAAGGGAGUGGAAGUUGCUACUUCAGGAUAUAGCAAAUAUCAGACGCUGUGAGUCUGAACGUCUCCUGCCUUCUCUUGGGAUUUACCAGUACCAUGGACUUGUGGGGAUAGUGACUGAAUGGAUGAACAAUGGAUCCCUCCACUCACUCAUCCAUGAGCAUCAGCUGUACCCAGAACUUCCCUUACUCAUAAGGAUCCUGUCGGAUGUGGCUGAAGGCCUGCACUACCUUCACAGCCUCCAGCCUGCUCUCUGCCACUGCAGCCUGAAACCUUCCAAUGUGCUUUUGGAUACACAGUUCAGAGCCAAGAUAUCAGAUUAUGGUCUAACCGACUGGAGGAAACAGCAACUGAGGUCAGACCUGCAAAACUGCAAUCUGAGAAACUGCCAGGAUUUAGUGUACCUCCCUCCUGAAAUACUUGAAGGAGGCCUUCCUUCCCAGGAAGGUGAUAUUUACAGUUUUGGAAUACUGUGUUGGGAGAGCCUAAGCAGACGGAAACCUUUUGAAGGUCAGACAACGCUGCUGGAAGGUUUGACAGGAAUCUGCAGCAGUUUGCGGCCUGGCAUUUCAGAAAAGUUUAUACCAAGCAAUUUGCCCAAGAGGAACAGACUGUUACACCUUAUCGCUCUGUGCUGGCAUCAAGAACCAGAUUACAGACCACAUACUGCAGAAUGUGUAGACCUUCUAAAUGGAAUUUUGACUAGUAUAAACAAGGAGGCAAUUUCCACUGCAAUCUACAAUCUGAUGGAUGCAAAGGAGACAGCACUUAAUGCAUGCAAAGGUUCAGAAACAUACACAUUGCAGACAGGCACGUGCAAUUCAGAGGUCAUCUGUCCACCAAAAACCAACCACAUAACCAGCAAGAAAAUUCCUAUUGUAGUGCCAAGCUUGUCUACUGUUCUACUUGAUAGCAGUGCAAAUAAUGCAGGAAGAGAAAAUAUUCUUGAGACGGGUCUGUCAAAUACUAUCCCACAGAAUAUAACAACAAAGCAAGAUCACCCAGGUUCUGACAGCAGAAAAUCAAAUUCCUUUUGCAAGAUUCCGUUAUCUGGUUCAACUGCAGGCAAAGAAAGCAGUCAGCGUAAGGAUCCACCACUGGCUCUUAAGCACAGACCACAAACUAUGCAUCUUGAACAAGCAGUGAAAGAUCCUUGCUGCAAAGGAAACUGCUGUCAAAUACUAGCCUGCCAGAGACAGACCAUACUCAGCUGCAUGACAGAAGGACGCCUCAACCACAUCCUCGAUGUCCUUCGCUCACAGCAAACGUUAUCCCGAAUGGAUUAUGAAACAAUUACCUCUUAUCCUACAGUGACUGGCCGUGCUCGGGCUUUGUUGGACACUUGCCUUUGCCUUGGAGAGAGGGCAGCACGGGUUGUAGUGACUGUACUUUCAGUGACCAAAUGUAGUCCUCUGGCACAAGGCAGCCAUUGCCCAGACUGUCCUUCUAAGGUAAACAGGCCGUUGUUGUGACUUAUUUUUUUGCCGUUUGUUACUUGCAUCAGAGCACUGGUAAUUUGCAAUGGCAAUGAUUCCCAUUAAUUCCUCAAACCCUACUGACUGAAGUCAGUCCUUCCUACAGCCCACGAUUUUAGCCCUCUAGUGGAAAAAACUGGCUGGAUUAAAAGGUCAAGACAACCACUGCCUGCAGAAAUUACCAAGACUGGCAUAACAAAUUCUAACUUGGACCUCAGAGAUGGGAGGAGUGCAAUGUGUGUGCCAGAGCAAAUAUAGUUCAAGUCAGAUGACACCUUAUUUUCUUAUUUUUUAGAAGAGAGGAAAAUGGAUCGUGACUUUUUGGAGGUCACACUAUGGAAGAACGGCUGUUACUAAGUCCUUCGAAAUAAGGAUAGCAAACAACAGGGUACUGGAUGAGGAGAAAAAAAUUACUGCCUUCCAUUAAGUUCGUAUCUGAGCCAGCUGUUAGAGUGAAAGGCUUAAGAGAGUCAAGAAAUAUUUCUUCAACAGGGCCAUAAGAAAGACUUGGAAAAUCUAUAUUAUGCAUAUAAAUGAUUUUAUUUUCACUCACGAAUGGUCAUAUGCUCUGAAAAAGGGGCACUAAUAGCAGCACUUUGGAGAGAUGGGGCUUAAACUAUGGAAGCUAAAUGGAAAAAUGAUAUUACUUUACAUCCGUGUAGUUCUCUGUCUGCAGUUCAAAUGUAAAAUUAAAACAGGAAGAAGAGGUGCCAAGCUGAUAAUUUUGAAAUGGUGGUUCUGUUGAACUGUGAAGGAAAGUAGUAAGAUUAAUUUAAUUAUAAUGAAAAUGAGGUUAUAUAAGAUGCUGGUUUUCUGAAGGCACAGUGGGAUUCCUUCAAGCUUCAUGGCACUGGAUUAACGUGAGAAUUGGUUAUACAAUCUACAAGUAUUUCAAAUGCAAAACCACAUUACUCUGUUUCCCUGUGUUGCAUCUAUUCUCUUUGUAGUUUCAAACUGCUUAUUGAAUUCAGUAGUUUGUCGGGUUGCAAUUUUAAAUACAGCAAUGAUAUGUUUUCUAGGCACAUUUAAGAGAUAAGACAUUUGUUACAUCACAUACUACAAUGCUGCUGGAACCAUCAACAGAUAGAUAUAUUUUUUUUCACAAAAAUUCAUUAAACUUUAGGAUUGCCUUGAGAUAAUAUAUUGUUACAAUUAAAAGCAAUGUCUAUCAGAAUGUGUUGGAAAUAGUUUUGCCUAUAAAGGAGCUAAACACCUACUUCGCUGUUGAAUUUUUUUCCAAUCUAUACUUCAAAUGGGAACUUUCAACAUUCUCUGCUAAAAAAGGAUGUCUUGCUUGUGAGGAAAAGAACUGCUGUCAUGGUGUUUUGCCUGAUUAGAAGGCAUAAAAUAAUCGGAGUAAACCAGAUAAUCAUUCACCUGUGGGAAAUAUUUACAGACUUUUAAGAGAGAAACUGGUAAUAUUGUUGAAACUUAAUUAUCAGCUUUCAAAAAUUAUUCCAUUCAGUUGUUCUGCUGGACACUUCAUACUUUUGUGAAAGAUGUGCCAGCUGGCAGGCUGUGUUGAUUUUUUUUUUUUUUUUUGUCAUUAUGUUUUUGACAUAGAAAGUGUUUUGGCUCUUUUCUUGAAACAGCUGCAUACUUGAGAGUAUCACUUGAUGCCAGAACUAAGCCCAGUCUUAACUGUUAAUUGCAGAACUGGCAUCAAACCAGUGUGAGCACAAGUUACCUGUUUUCCAGACAGAUUUUUGUUCUACUCAUAUUUAGCUUUACAAUUUAAGUAUUUGUAAUAGAUUGUGACCUUAGAGUUAGAUCUAUUACUAUCAUGCCUACCCAAAUUUUUUAAAAGAUAACUCAUGAAAACCGUUUAUAACCAAUUACAAAACAAAGGUAAAUUUGCUACUUCAUGUUCAAAACAGCC